AUGUGUUCAGAAAACGAGACAGAACUAGCUAAUAAACUAACCGAUGAACUACGGAAUAUUCACGCUGGCUGUUCUCUUACUAUAGCUGUUAUAGGAACUAUGGGAAAUGCCAUUUCGAUAACGUUAAUCUGCAAGGCCAAGCUUUACCAAGCUUCUCCGAUUAUGAUGCUGAUCAUAGACCUGUGUGUGUCCAAUACACUGAGUACAGCAGUCCUUCUUCCUUGGAUAUUUGGGGAUGUCUUAUGCAAAGCAUAUGGCUAUCUGCUGUUCGUGACCUUAACCGCUGAAUGUUUAAUCCUCACGAAUCUAACGUUGUGUCAAUAUCUCACGAUUGUCCAUCAGAUCUCAAUGAGAGAAAUCAUUAUCAAACGCCAAAAACACCUCCGUCUCUUUGCCUUGUUGGGUCUGCCGUGGGUCAUAAUGAUACUUAUCUUCCUUGUCCCACUAACUGACACUUAUGACACAUUUGGAUAUGAUUAUAAGACAGGUUUUUGUAGUUUAAUCAAGAGGGACAGAGCUGUCACUUUCUACUGCUACUCUGCCAUUCUGUUGAUAUACAUGAAAUCCCACAGGAGGACUCAACGUGGACAACAAUCGCAGACUAACUGUCAAGGCCGCACCAAAAGAAUUUUGCUUAUGAUCUCAGCAAUCCUGGCCAACUAUGUCAUCACUUAUCUCCCCAUUCUGGUGUCGAACACUGUAGAUCCGUGCCGGAAACGACUCCCCUUGCCAAUGCACACAGCUCUCAUCUACGUAUCAUGGUCUCACGCUGCUAUCAAUCCAGUCAUAUACGCUCUACUGAACAGCAGAAUCAACGUUUUAUGGCGCAACAGCUUAGGUUUCUUUCCACCUGCCCUGUUCCACAAGCUCACCUCUAGCAAUGCUCUGGACGAGCUCGGAAGAAGUGAGCCACUUGAACCAUUAUCCACACACACGGGGCAGGAGGUUACCACGGAAUUAUCUGGUGCUCUCGUUGAACUGUGUACAGUGCAGACUGCACAAAGCGAUCUCGGACAUGGCGAAACUCUGUUGUGA